AACGACUAAAGUAAAAAGUACCAACAUUUUUAGGUUAUGUCGAAAACAAUUUGAAUUGUUUGUAAUUUAAUUUACAGACCAGUUGAAACGGAAACUUUGAAACAUUCCGUAACGUACACGGCACACAAGACCUCUUCCCUGGUAAAAGUCCACGAUUGUAAAAUUUCCCCAUGCGUUACACCAUCGUUUUUUCUGAUGAUGAACCACAUUCGCCGCCAUCAGUCGCGCUUGUCAUCGUUUAAGUGUGAAAACCCCCUUGAUUCUUACCAUUGCAAACACUGCAAUUUUCAAACCGAACUAACGUUGCUUUUCAAGCAACACACUAAAGAACAUCAUGGAAUUAAACACGAAAACGACGAUUUAAUCCUACAAUACAAAAAUAAAAACUACGUUUGUGGAAAGUGCGGCUUUGAAACGCAUUUUUCGCUUAAAUGGUUAUGUCACAUGAACGAGUGUCAACAAUGUAACGAAAAAGCCGGUUUGAAAAAGCACAUUAACGCACGACAUGUAGACGACCUUGACGGCAAAUGGUACAAAUGUAAACAGUGCUCAUUUAGAUGUAAACACAACUCAUCUUUGGCUCGACACGUGAACCGUUGUCAUUUGGACGAAAACGACGACAACUGGUAUGAAUGCGAACAGUGCCCGUACAAGACUAGAAUCAGUUUGAACUUAAAGCGUCACUUGAUAAGCCAGCACUCGAAUGGAAAAAUUCCCACGUGGUAUCAGUGCAACGAGUGUCCAUUUAAAACAACAUUCAAGAGGGUUUUACAGAAACACGUGAAAACGCGACAUUCGAACCGAUACGACAUCAAAUGGUACAACUGUGAAAAAUGCGACUACAAAACCGAAUACCGGCAAGCUUUAAAUAAACACGUGAAUGCGCGGCAUUUGGACGAGGACGAAAUAAAGUGGCACCACUGCACUCUGUGUCCUUUCAAAAGCAAAGACAAAAGCGGUUUGAAAAAACACAUUAACGCACGGCAUCUGGACGACCAAGACGCGAAAUGGUACGAAUGCGAGCAGUGCUCAUUUAGAUGUAAGUACAACAAGUCCUUGACGAGACACGUGAACGUUUGUCAUUUGGACGAAAAGGACGGCAAGUGGUAUGAAUGUCAACAGUGUCCAUACAAGACUAGAGAUGCUUCGACCCUGACGAAGCACGUGAAAUCCUUGCAUUCGGAACAAUAUGACAUCAAAUGGUUUGAUUGUGAAAAGUGCCAAUACAAAACCAAAUACCCUCAGUCUUUAAAGAAACAUAUAAAUCGGCGGCAUUUGGACGAGAAUGAAAUCAAGUGGCACCGCUGCAGUAAGUGUCUUUACAAGUCCAAAGAUAUAAGCAGUUUGAAGGGUCACAUUAACGCAAGGCAUCUAGACGAUGAAGACGCGAAAUGGUACGAAUGCACACUUUGUCCACACAAAACUAAGAAUCCUUCAAAUUUAAAGUACCACAUGAAAACGCAGCAUUUGAAAGCAGACAAUAAUCGAGUUUGACGUUACGAAUGAAGUGUACGACUUUUCUCAUUCCAUUAAUAGUAUUAAUACAGAAAAUGAAAGAAAUAAAUAUUAAAUUGGACACUGUAUAACGUGUUGCAUAAUUUUGAUCUGUCUCAAAUUUACUACCAACAUCAAGCAACCAAAGUACCAAUAUUUUGAGGUUAUGUUUACUAACAGUUUUUCUCAAAACUAAAAAUGUCUCACUGUGCAGUGUCUGGUUGCUCAAACCGCCAACUGAAGUGUGUAAAAAACAGAGAUAUUAAAUUUUAUCGGUUUCCGAAAGCUAAAGACUUCUGUAAACAAUGGGUUAAAUUCUGUGGUCGGAAAGAAAUAAUUAAUGUUAAAAACGCUCGAAUAUGCUCUGAGCACUUUACUGCUUCGUGUUCAUAUAAAUCGCUUCAACACAAACUACUGCAGUACAGCCCCAAAAACAGACGAAGGCUAAUGCCCGAUGCUGUUCCAAGUGAAAAGGGACCUAUAUCUACAGAGGUAGGAAUUGUGGAGCUAGCAUCACCAAAAAAAAUAUCUUGCAGGAAAGACUUAUUUGACGAAGUUCGUUCAAUUGAGGUUUGCAACUGGGAGGAAAAAUAUAAGGAGCUACAACAGAAAUUUAACGAACUUGAAAAAAAAAUGGAAGCAAUGAAGGCUGAGAAUGUCUUGCUGAAGCAACAAUUGCAAAAGAAGACAGACAACGCAGUGAUAGCAAAAGCAGUGUCAAUAGUGUUCACAAAAGGACAAAUAAAGAAAUUGUUUAGUAAGAAAUAAAUACAAGGUUUUCUAGAGACUGUUUACACAUUUCGA